AUGACUUCUGCAACCCAGGACGCAGACUUUUUGCAGCAGUUCCUGUCCGCCGAUGUCCAGGCGUUCGCCCAGAACAUGACCAACAUUGGGACGCCCAGAGAGCGCCUGCGACAGGCUCGUCAGCCCGAAAGUCCCGAAUGUGUUUACGCGACUGGUCGGAGUCCUACCACCACCGCUAUUCUGCAUCGCGCUCCGGGCUUGUGUUUCGAGGACGCCAAUAUCACGCUGGUCGCGCCUAUUAGUGGGAUGUCUCAACAUGCUGGGCAGCAACUGGUCUUUUGUUUGUACAAGGGGCUCCUUGCAAAUGCAAGUCCAGUUUUCAAGACGCUGUUCGAGCAUAGGCCGAACGAAUUUUACGAAGGCCUCCCAAUGUACCGAAUGUCCGGGUACGGUUGGCAGUUGAGGUGCUUCCUGGAAGCCCUGCUUCGGCCGUCGUCUAAUUUGCGCGGCGACUUUCAGAGCGACAGCGCGCUGCGCGCCCAGGUUAUUGCACAGCUAGCGGAGCAGUACCAAGUUCCAUCUCUUCGCGACAUCGCCAUACAGCAGGUCAAAGCCGAAUGGCCUCGAACAUUAGAGGAAUGGGACAAGCUCCAAGAGGUUAUCGUCGCGCAGCCUGGUGGUGACGAGCUGCGCUAUACCUGGCCAGAGCCUGCUACUGCAAUUCGCUUCGCUCGCGUCGCCAACGUCCCCGAGAUUCUCCCUGCUGCUUUCUACUCCCUCUCCAGGAUUCGCAUGGUGGGUGACCCUUACACCUGGCAGUUCGAAGACGGAUCGAUUGAGAAGGGAGACGGGCCGACGCUGAAGAAAGGACGUGAGGAGAUUGCGUGCUUUCAGCCGUCCAGCCGGUGGAUGCAGCUUGAAGGAGAUGAUCAAGAGUGCUACGUCAAGUUCAUGGAGCAUCUCAGCGACUGGGCAACAGACGCAGGAUUAACCAUUAAUAUGAACAGCGCUGGAAUUUGUAUCAAGUGUCGCCAGCUGCUGGAGGACGCGUCGAGACCCAUGGAUCCAGAGAAAGAGGAUGUCUUGGAGCAGCUAAAGGAUCUCAGUGGGCAAUUUCCGAGUAUUCAUAGGGAUAUGUGCGAUAAGUGCAGAAAGACUUUGAACGAGAAUGGUUGUGACUUACGAAAGGACUUGUGGGCAAAGCUGGAAUCAUUCAUAGAAUACUGACCACUGUUUGUGUACGAAGCUUGCC